AUGUUACACCAAACAAAGAAAAAGAUGCAAGUGACAUACUGUUUACUUUUUAUGGCUCUUCUGUUACCUGAAAUUCAGGUUGCUGCAAAACUUUGGGAUAUGGAAACUAGUGAAUAUCAGGAAACCAAUGUUCCAAAGAAGGAAGCAGUUAAGGAAAAGGCUGAUUCAAAUGAGCAGGUGACUACAGAAGAAAAAAUUGAUUCGAAUGAGCAGGUGACUACAAAAUCACAACCAGCUUCUUGCAGCAAACACUCAAAUUAUGAGGCUACUACAUUGAAACAGUUUAUUGGGAAAUUUCUUAACCAAUUCCAACCACUAAUGGUUCCAGGAAGCAAUGAAGAGAAAAUUGAAUACAACAUGAAAAUGAAACUGAGUGCUUUAGAUUUAAAGAAACUGUCUUUAUAUAUGGAUAAACUUUGUGACAUUUAUGAGGUGGAAGAAAUCCUAACAUCAAUGCUUGGAGAUGUUUCUUCUGAUGAAAUGUUGUUAUCAAAUCUUCCCAUGAGCUUUUAUGAAAAGUAUUUUAGUUAUAUUCUGCUUGUUGCACCAAUCAUCUUUAUUAUAGUUUUAGUUUUAUCAUUGAAAUUCAUGUAUUUAUCUUACUGGAUGCUCACAAAGUGGAUUGUAUUUCAAAGUGUUCUGAUCAGUAUUUUUUGGAACUGGUAUUUUCUUUACCAGGAAAAUGUUACAAAAUAUAUGACAGCAAUUGAAAAUGGCCCACCAAAAGAAUGCAAUAGCUCUCAUACAUCUGGAUUUUUUGAAUCACUUAAAUCAUCUAUCACAAAUAUUUUUCAUUUUCCUGAAAAUGAGUGUGAACAGUAUUAUCUGAUUACAUCAAUCUCACCUGCUCUCAGAGUGCCUCCAACAGAGGCCUUUUCUUAUUGUAUAGUGAACACCAUAUUGAAACCUAUGGCCUCUAUUGGAGAACAUGUUGGCUUGUUCUUCCAGAAGCUUUCUCACACAAUUCCAUUUCAUUUACAAAUAGUAGCUGUCAUCAGCCUCUUGGUUAUUCUACUUUUUGUCAUCCUCAUCUGCAAUGGUUACAGCAUUGGAACUUUAUUUUUAACACUGAAUCCACCACCACCACCACCAACAACAACAACAACUUCACCUGAAUUUACAGAUUUAAAGGAAGUACAUAAACAACUGAAAAAAAUUAUGGAGCAUUUGGAAAAGACUCCAAGUGUUGAUGAUUUAAAAGACAUACAUGAACUCUCGUUGAAAAGUAUUAAGAAUCAUAUUGAUAAUAGGAAAGUGUUAUAUAGCAUAGCAAAUACUGAUGGUUCUGGAGACCAGGCUAAAAAUUAA